UGUGCGCCUCUCAGAUGACAUCACGGCUUUAAAUAUUCCCGUUGCUUAUUCCCACCGUCCUCAUCACCACCACCACCACCACUACUCCACCAGCAGAAAGAAAGAAAGAGACUCACGGUGUUCAACCAACGAUGUGUCUGUAGCUCGUAGCUUUGGUUCAAGUUGAAACAACCGUAUCUAGUCUAGCAGACACCGCUGCCCUCACUGUCCGCUGACCAGGUCCUCCUACUGGGGGAGAAAACGCGCCUACUGGGCUUCCUCAGUGCGGAGGUGGAGAAGAAGAGGUCCGAGCUAAGUCGGGCGUGGUAGCAAGAAGAAAAACAAAACCUCAUCUUUGUUAGCCAAAACUUGAGAAAGUAGCAGCCACCAUGUCGCUGUCGGUACCGCAGAACGGAGUAAAGGCGGACAACGAGCCCGUUAUCGAGCUGUUUGUGAAGGCGGGAAGUGAUGGAGAGAGCAUCGGGAACUGCCCCUUCUCCCAGAGGCUCUUCAUGAUCCUGUGGCUUAAAGGAGUCGUCUUCAACGUCACCACGGUGGACCUCAAGAGGAAACCCGCAGACCUCCAGAACCUGGCCCCGGGCACACACCCGCCCUUCGUCACCUUCAACGGCGAGGUCAAAACUGACGUCAACAAGAUCGAGGAGUUCCUUGAGGAUGUCCUCAGCCCACCCAAGUACAUCAAGCUUGGUGCAAGACACCCCGAGUCAAACACAACUGGUAUGGACAUCUUCGCCAAGUUUUCAGCAUUCAUUAAGAACUCCAAACCAGAUGGAAAUGAGGCCCUGGAGCGCGGCCUUCUGAAGACACUGCAGAAGCUGGACGAGUAUCUUCGCUCACCGCUGCCCGACGAGAUCGACCACAACAGCAUCGAGGACGUCAAGGUGUCCGAGCGCAAAUUCUUGGACGGCGAUGAAAUGACCCUGGCCGACUGUAACCUGCUGCCCAAGCUGCAUAUAGUCAAGGUGGUGGCCAAGAAGUACCGAGGCUUUGACAUCCCCAAAGAGAUGACCGCCAUCUGGAAGUACCUGAACAACGCCUACACGCGCGAAGAGUUCACCAACACCUGCCCCAGCGACAAAGAGAUCGAGAUCGCCUACGGAGACGUAGCCAAGAGGCUGGUCAAAUGAGCUCUUCUGUCCUGACCUCCAUCCCACACCCCCUAACCUCCCUCUCUCUCUCUCUCUCUCUCUCUCUCUCUCUCUCUCUCUCUCUACACGCCCCCUCCCGCUCCCCAGCACCUGGACUGAUGUGCUCAUUCACGAGAAAGAAAAAACUCUGGACUUCUUUUCCUUCUCUCCUCAUCUAGAGCAAUGCAUGAACCCUUCUCCAUCAUUUAUUUUUCCCCCACCAGAUUUUUACAAAGACCUCAUUUUAGUUGAUUUAGCAAAAAAGGUCACCGUCGUUCCACCUUUUCAUCAUUAAUUGUUUUUCAUUUGCCGAUGAAUGUUGCGAGAUGGCGAGGCGACGGAGAAGCAGCCGGAAGCGUGUAUCAGUGCUUAUCGAUGUCGGGAGCCUCGUCAAACACGCUCCCUGAUAAGUGACCUUCGAGCUGACCUUCUCUCUGCGUUGCAGGGGGAAAGGUCACGAGCUGUUGUUCAUUUUUCUGUUGUCUGUUUAAUAUUGAUAUAGCUCUUUUGUAGGAUUGCUUUAAAAUGAACACCGAGAAGCAGUUUUCUUUCUGUCUUUUGGCUUGUUGAGAGGCAUUGUAAACAGUGUUGAAGCUUCAGUGUUUUUGGCUCCAGUAGAAGCUAAUCCUAACCAGAGGGGUUGACAUAUCAAGUGGGAGGUGCUUUUAUUUUAAUGUUGAGCUGCUUAAAAUAAAUCAAAAUAAUUGUAACUGCAGGUAAAGCCACCUGGUAUCCAUGCUCUGAUUUUCCUCAUUGUAGCUCAGCUCAGUAGAAGUGUAGGGUGUUUUCCUGUCCCCCGCUGCAGAAGUAACAACUCAGGACGAAUCAAACCUGAAAUAUUCAACCGUAUGUAGCGUACAGGUGUAGAUGUCUAGAGCGGCCUUUUUGUUAAUCACCACAGCAAAGCUCGCUGACUCUUUCUUCUCUUGCGAAGCAUGAAGGAAAGUCUCUGGUCGUGCUGACCGUAGCGGUAGUUUUUGAUUACACGUGGCAGACCAAAAAAGGGGCACAUUAUACUGGUCUCACUGUGGAUAGGAUGACUAAACGAAAAGAAAAAGAAACCACACACUCUCACUGUUUCCUUCUCCAUAGCGUACACAAUGAAGGACACAAAGAUAUUUAUGACGAAUGGAGGAAAGUAGCAAUGAAACGAAUACCUUUCUCUUCAGUAUGUAGAUUGAUCUCUAUGGUAGUGAAUGUAUGUUAUGAUACAGUAGCUCCAAAAGUGCUUUAGUGUGGAGGACUAAGCAAAAGCCUUGUUUUUGUUUUUUCUCCCGUUUGCCAUGUUUUUCAGACAUUUGUUAUGAAACAAAUUUGAUAAAAAAAAAAAAAGGAAUUGUAAAUAUUUGUUUUGAUUGCUCAGAAUUCAAUGUGUAAAUUUUAUACAUUUCAUCUGAAUUUUGAGGGAAAAUGGGCUAAUUUCUUGCCUGCUUGGAUUUUAAUUCUAGAUAAACCAUCUCCUCUUUGCCUUACUUGUUUUUCUUUCUGCGGAUGUUUUGCAGAACGGUUUUUCAGAGAUCGUUUCAUUACAACAUGAGUGUGAUGUUGUACAAAGAAAAUAUCCGAGCUAUGUCAUGGCUUUUUUUUUUUAACAAUAUUUACUGAAUUGAAAUAAACUUAUUGGCACUCUG